GUAUCGUCAGUAUUGAGGAAGGACUAAAUCUGUAGGACAAAAAUAAUCCUACAAAGUUUCGAACAGUAUGUCAGAUGAAAGUUAUGAAACUAUGCCGUCGUUAACUCCACAAUUAGGAAAGAGUAAUGAAGCUGAUUUCCUUGGAAGCAACGAGUAUGAAUCACGCUAUAUGGUAGAAUUGGAGCUAGCGAAAUUGCGCAUAGUCCAAAAAGAGAAAGAAAUGGAAUUAGAAAGAUUACGACAAGGUAGUCGCGAAUGUUCUUGUCACAAUAAAUCGCCUUACAAACCUUCUACUUCUCAUAAAGUUUCUGUAUCUCCUAAUGAUGAGUCCGCCAGAACCAUAUCUAAGUUUCUGGACAUGCUUAAAGCAUAUCAAUAUUUUAAGUGGAAUGCCGAUGAACUUGAGUGUUGGAUCAAUGAAAAACUGCAAACAUAUACAAAUGAGGAUUUUAAAGAACUCAGUAAUCUUCAGCUGAAAAAACAGAAAUAUCAAGAGUUUGAGUUCGAAGUAACAGUUCAUGCUGAAACACUCUCAGCUCUAGAUUCUACGGGAGAAGAAAUGAUUGGUCAGGGACACUACGCAACAGAUAUUAUCAAAAACCGUCUUGAUGAAUUGCAUGCCCUGUGGGAAAGGCUUAUGGCUAUUUUCAGAGAAAAAUCCAGUGUCAUUAACCUAAAGCUUAAAUUUGUCCAGUUUUUACGCCAAGUCGACGAAAUACUUUUCUGGAUACGUGAAAACGAAACUUACGUAACAUCAGAG